AAUGAGACAUCUAUAAAAACUGUGUGUUCCCAAAGAUCCGUCCUAUUUGGCAGCUUCUACCUCACCCUAAGCUUCUGACAUCUAAGAGAUCUCUUCUCUCUCAAAGAACCUGUCACCAUGGCUCAUCGAUUUCCAGCCCUCACCCCAGAACAGAAGAAGGAGCUCUCGGAAAUUGCCCAGCGCAUUGUUGCCAAUGGAAAGGGCAUCCUGGCUGCAGAUGAAUCUGUGGGCACCAUGGGGAAUCGCUUGCAGAGGAUCAAGGUAGAAAAUACCGAAGAGAACCGGCGGCAGUUCCGAGAAAUUCUCUUCUCUGUGGACAAUUCCAUCAACAAGAGCAUUGGGGGAGUGAUCCUUUUCCAUGAGACUCUGUACCAGAAGGACAGCCAGGGAACUCUGUUCAGAAACAUCCUCAAGGAGAAGGGGAUUGUGGUGGGCAUCAAGUUAGACCAAGGAAGUGCCCCCCUUGCAGGAACAAACAAAGAAACCACCAUUCAAGGGCUUGAUGGCCUCUCUGAGCGUUGUGCUCAGUACAAGAAAGAUGGCUGUGACUUUGGGAAGUGGCGUGCCGUGCUGAGAAUUGCGGACCAGUGUCCCUCCAGCCUCGCUAUCCAGGAAAAUGCCAAUGCCCUGGCCCGCUAUGCCAGUAUUUGUCAACAGAAUGGGCUGGUACCUAUUGUUGAACCAGAGGUAAUUCCUGAUGGAGAGCAUGACUUGGAACACUGCCAGUAUGUUACUGAGAAGGUCCUGGCUGCUGUCUACAAGGCCCUGAACGACCAUCAUGUUUACCUAGAGGGCACCCUGCUAAAGCCCAACAUGGUGACUGCUGGACAUGCCUGCACCAAGAAGUAUACACCUGAGCAAGUGGCUAUGGCUACUGUCACAGCUCUCCACCGUACUGUCCCUGCAGCUGUUCCUGGCAUCUGCUUUUUGUCUGGCGGCAUGAGUGAAGAGGAUGCUACUCUCAACCUCAAUGCAAUUAACCUUUGCCAUCUACCCAAACCCUGGAAACUAAGUUUCUCUUAUGGGCGGGCCCUGCAGGCCAGUGCACUGGCUGCCUGGGGCGGCAAGGCUGCAAACAAGAAGGCAACACAGGAGGCUUUCAUGAAAAGGGCUGUGGCGAACUGUGAGGCCGCCAAAGGAAAGUAUGUUCACACUGGCUCCUCGGGCACUGCCUCCACCCAGUCACUCUUCACCGCCUCCUAUACCUACUAGGUGCGGAUGCCCUACAGCUUAGCUCCUUUGUCCUAGGUGUUGUGGUACAAAGACUGAGAGGAAACAGCUUUACAAUCCUCCCUGCAAAUUAGACAAAAUUAGAUAGGAACUGCUAUCUUCAACUGCCAAAUCUUAAACAUGGGGAAAAGCCAAAUUAAACCUAAAUAUGAAUGUCAAAGAUGUAGUAUAAUUUCACAUAACAUUUAGUUCCACUUCUAAUUCCAAUGCUCCAGAAUAUUCACCCAAGAAAAGAAAAGUAGCUCUCCGUCCAAAUUAGAACUGCUGAAUGCAGAGAAGUGCAUGAUAUGAAAAAAAUCUUAGUGGUAGGUUAUGAAGGAAAGAGUUGCAACUUUAAAAUAAAUAGUCCAUAAACCUUC